UGAUUGGGGUCUAUAUCGUUGCCUCCUUUUCUUUGGGGGCGGAGUUGUUGGCGGUAAGCAGAGUAAAAAGGGAGAAAAAUACCACGACUUCCGUGUCUAAUUUUUCGCCGCCAAGCAAGCGUUACAAUAUUAAUUAAAAAUGAAUGAAAACUAAAUACUAUUGAAUAUGUCAUCAUUAUCAUUUUAAAAAUUUAAGUGACGGGUAAAAAUAGACUAUGACCGGAUUUUUAUGACCCUUUCAGUCAAAAUGACAGACAACGAAAAUGUCUAGCGCAACCUCUGCCUCCAACCAACGUGUAGCACAGCUGACUCACUGACACUGAGCAACAAACGACACAGGAGGUUUGAGCCUUGCAACUGCAAGCGAAGGAUUUCUCACGCAUUUUUUGGACAUAACAGCUAAUACUUUUCGGACGGUAUGACGGAAAUUUUUUGCAGUUUUGAAACCUUGACGUUUUCAUACCACGGUAUACCUUGAAACCGGUAAUAAUUUUUUAUCGUUUACCACACUGUUGUCACCGAGUUACAAAGUACUCAUAGACGAUUUGGGCAUGCUUCUGGUUUUAUACGUUUUAGGAUUUUGAACGGACGGAUCACUUCAAAUUUGCAUGUAAAAGAGAAGCAAAUAGUGAAUUGGGCAUUUGGACCUGCAUCAUAAAUCCAACUUAAGAAAAUCAGUCUUAGUCCUACUUACUUUUUGAGAGAGAUACAGUAGAUUGAGAGCUGCUCUACAGCAGCUGGACUGACACCCAUGUCUGUAAUCAUGGACUCCACUUCUGCUCUUUGGCCCUGUAACAAAACAUCCAGGCUGGAGACACCCCAGCAUCGUAAGCACAGAUCUGUGUGGUACUUGGAUUGAGUUGACGUUUAGUUACUUUUCAAAGGUUUUCACUUUUGUCCUCAGUCUACGGGCCUCGUCCUUGGCAGCUUGAACAUCAUCAUGCCGAGUCUCCAGAUAAGUCAUUUGUUUCUAUGAGGUAAUAAAAGCAACAUCAAAAACAUGUGGACAGUGUGAGAAUGCCGUUACAAAACAAGAUGCAUGCAUAUAAACGCCCAGGAUUGCAUACUCUGAGAGCAGAACACAGCAUGUCCUUCUCUGAAACCUCUUUCUUCUUACUGUCCAAUUCUUUCCUCUGCAUGUCCAAAGAGUCCUUCAACUCAUCCACUGUUCUCUGUUUGCUUCGACAAUCUUUCUCUGAAAAAGGCCAUAUUUGGUUCACUGGAAACCAUCAUUGAUUUAAUUAAAAAAAAGUUUUUUUUUACCUUUAGAGUUCAAAAGGGCCCUCAAUUUAUUAAGCUCAUUCUAAGGGAAAACACAUUAAAUGUCAAUGUUUUGGAGGAAAUCUUGAAACAUUCUUUCUGUAUCAUUGAUACCGCCAUGCUUUCCGGGUCUGCUGAUUGCGGUUCCUCUCCACCCAUGUCAAAGAAGAGCUUGGUGAUAAUGUGCCGGGUGCUAACCUACACAUAGGGAAGAAAGUAUUCUUGAUUAAAAUCAGCAUGUGCAACGAUAAGUGUUAAAAAUUGUGUAAAUCACCUGCUGCCGACAUUGUGGGCAUGUUUUUGUAGGACCUGUUUGAAACCAGCGAGUAAGGCUAGAAGAUGAGGGAAACAAUAUAAUUAGAACAAAUGAAAACACCGAAUAAUCGUUUUGUUAAGAUCACUUUACCAGUCAUUGUGAAAAGUGUGUCCACAGGGGAUAGCUGCAACAUCUUUGACGUGAUCGAAGAAAUCACAACAAAUUAUACAAUAUGCUCGAAUAGGCAUCUUAUUUCCUUUAAAAUCACCCUGUGAUGCAAACCAGAAACAACUUAUUACAGUAGGUCCUAAAACUGACGAACUCCCACAUGAGCUACGUCAAGCGUUAGCUAACAGUGUUUAACCUCAACGGAAGUUACCAUACCUACCAAAAGAUGACACUAUAUUAAUGUAAAGUCCACGGUAAUAAACGAAUGCCAUAUAUUAUGUGCAAUGUGUCAUUUGAUGUUUUUAAGCGCUAAGUUUCACUGUAGUUGGCUACUACAAUUUGCGACUACUAAAACUAGUGCAUUUUGUCCCCUCGCUCGAAGCAGAGCCGCUCUGUGUUCAAAAUACAAUGUAAACACGCCCUUAUGUUGCGUUCAAGGGCUGUCAGACAGCAAGACUUUUCAGCCGUUUAUUUGUAUUUACUAUAUGUCGUACGUGUCGUCCUCUAUUAUUUAUUCGUGAUUAAAAUUAACAUCGGCGUUUUUUUCUGCCUAAUUAGAAUACAUUGAGGGAAAGCUUUUUGUAAAUACUUAAAAUGAGGAAAUUUUCAUAAUCCCCACAAUUCCCACUUCCGCAUCCAUCGUCGUCGUAAUGGGUAGAUCUCGUUUCGCUUAGCAGGAAUAGGGUGAAUGUUACAAAUGAGAUUGGCCCAAUGUUUACGUUUCACAUGCAGGAAGCAGCUGAAGAGACGAUUCCACCAUUAUCAAGUAGAAGACAGAUGUGUCCCUAGCUGAAGACAAUUCUGGAAAUGAAAGGUGUGUGUACGUGCUUUCCGUAGUAGCGAUGGAAGGGAAACGCGAGAAACCUACUGUGCCAUGGGAGAAUGGUACCCUGACACCUGUGCAUCGUCUUAGCACUGAGAGAGCUGACAGUCCCACACCAGGUCUAGUGGAGGGAACAGAACCGGGUGCUGGGCAGAAAAAUGCAAUGUUUGUCCUUGCACAGUCCUUUGAAUAUCUGAACGCUGAGGAUGAAGAGGAGGCAGAGUUGCUCAAAUCCCGAGAGAGUGCCGAGGAUAUCAGCGAACUGGUGGAAGAGAAAAGAGAGGAGCAACACGAUAUCCCAUCAGACUGCAGAAACAAAGACGAGGACGUGUCCAGCAAUGCAUGGAGGAGCCACAAAAAGCACAUGUUUGUGCUGAGCGAGGCAGGAAAGCCAAUUUACACCCGUUAUGGCACGGAGGAGGCUCUGUCCAGCACCAUGGGUGUUAUGAUGGCUCUCGUGUCUUUUGUUGAGGCUGAGAACAACAUCAUCCGAUCCAUCCAUGCAGAUGGAUGUAAAGUGGUUUUUCUGACCAAGAGUCCACUAGUUCUGGUUGGUGUGUCCCGUACGUGUCAGUCAGACAAAGAGCUGCUGAGGGAGCUGCAAUAUGUCUAUUAUCAGAUUGUGAGCCUGCUCACCCUCACCCAGCUCAACCACAUCUUCCAGCACAAGCAAAACUAUGACUUACGGCGCCUUCUGGCUGGUUCCGAGUAUCUCACUGAUAACCUUCUGCAUCGGCUGGACCGCGACCCUGGCCUGCUGCUCAGCGCUGUCACCUGCCUGCCUCUUGCCAGCUCCUCCAGGGAUGUCAUUUCGUCAAGCCUGCAAGCGGCUAAAUCCAAAAACCUUGUGUUCUCCAUUCUGCUGGCAGGAGACCGCCUGGUUACGCUGGUUAGGAAAAAGGACCAGUUUCUGCACCACAUAGACCUGCACUUGGUGUUCAAUCUCGUUGGCUCCUCUACAUCUUUUCGAGAGGGUGAAGGCUGGACGCCCAUCUGUUUGCCAAAGUUCAAUACUGCAGGAUUUUUCCAUGCUCACAUUUCCUAUUUGGAACCUGCGUCGGAGCUGUGCCUUAUCCUGGUCUCAACUGACCGAGAGGACUUUUUUAACAUGUCUGAUUGCAAGCAAAAGUUUCUUGAGAGGCUGAGUAAGCGCAGUGCCUAUCAAGCCCUGAAGGAGGCGUUGAAGUCUCGUAGCUACUCUGUGGCUCAAGUUGGCAUCCCUGAACUCCGGCACUUCCUGUACAAAUCAAAGAGCUCUGGCUUGUACACCAGUCCAGAGUUUCCUUUAGUGUACCAGUCAAAUGAAGAACAGGAGAGGCUAAUGGGUUUGUACCAGGACCUUCACAGUUAUGUGCACCAUCCAACCAGACCCUUACGCUCUUUCUACCGCUGUGGUGAAACUGAAAACAUGAUGGCAUGGGUGACCAGUGGCUUUGAGCUUUACCUAUGCUUCAGUCCCCUGGGCACAAAGGCGUUGGCUGUUUCUGCUAUCAACAAACUACUGAAGUGGAUCAGGAAGGAGGAGGAUCGUCUCUUUAUUCUGAGUCAUCUUACUUAUUGACGUGUCCCUACAAAGAGCCUAAAUAUGUUUAACUGGAAUUAUGCCUGCAUUUAGUGUCAAUGCUAUGCACAUCUACUAGUAGUUUUCUCUAAUGGUUAAGGCAGGUAUUGUAUAAAAGUCAAAUACAAAAGUAUUUUUUUAGCCAUGUGCUCUUUUUUAAUACAUGUACUGUAGUUGGGAGAGUUCCAGCUAAAAGCAGCAACUGCGCACGGUCUUAAAUCUCCUAGAUGACAUUUAUAUGCUGUUAAAAUGUUUUUUUAAUUAAUGUACCUUCGGGUAAACAUCAGCAAUAACUGGAAUUCUGCUAAGAGCCAUGCGGUAAUGUAAAGUGACUACAUUCCUGGUAUUGUCUGUACAUGAUGACCAUUAAUUGCAGGGACCAUUGUGAUAAUUCAACUUUACUAUAGUCACAAGCAUAAAAAGACACUCCAAAGAGAAAUGCCAUGGAUUACGUUUGUGUUCUGUAUAAACUUCCAUCUUUAAUGUAAGUAUAUCAUAUUUUUGUGUGUUUUAAUUUAAAUACCACUGCACUUAUGUAUUGAUCGUUGCUUUAAUCAGUUUGUAUUUCAUUAAAUUAAUCGGUCCGCGAGGUCACUUUGCUUCUGUCUACCCGCAUUUUAUGCUUAUGCUGCACUGCCACUACAGUUUAAAUCCAAUAAUGCAGUACAGUACAUACCGGUAUAUAGAAAAUAAACUGCAUAUUAAUAAAAGUAUUAAAAAACAGAAAAGACUCGACCUCGAGUUGCACUGAACACUAAAACUUAAUUUUAGGUGUCUUUUUGCCAAUUUAUUUGAUUUUCCUACCCGGGUACCAUUAUUGUACAGUUGUGCAUACCUGCAGUAAACAUGCUGCCCUGUUUCCUAAACAAGAUCAAUGUAAAGGAAAGGAAAAACUUAUUGUACAGUAGGCAGAGUCUCUACUGACAUUAGAACAUGUAGCUCAUUAUCUUGGUAAAUGGUUACGUUUGCUGUGCCAUUGGAUGCCAUUGACUGUUGGCAGCAAAUGAUUACAGCUAGUGCCAACCCUCCUAUGUAGUUCUAUCCAGGUUGGGCAUUCGUCCUGCGUUACGCAGGACAGUACAUCAUUUAAAUGCCUUGUCCUGCAACCUACGCAGACUUAAGCAGGACACUUACUGUAUUUGUCCUCCUUUUUGGAGUUGGACCUGAAGACAGCUACAGGUAUUCAAUGUCAAGCACUUAGAAUAGUGCUGUUUUACCUUAACAUCUGAGAUGCUAUCAACUCCUAAGUGGUAAUGGCACAGUCAUUUUUGAGUCAUUUUUUGUUAUCAGCGCUACAUUUAAUAAAAGUAUUGGUAAGACUAAUUCCAUUGAUGUUGUCUGCGUUAGCACAGUAGCGGUUAACUACUGUCUACAUUAGAAUUGGCAGUAGUUGUCGGUGGACUCUUGUCUUUUUGAAAAUAAUGUAAUGUAAAUAUCGUGAAAUAUUUUUUCUGCUCAAUAUAUUAAAAAAAUUGAGCCGUGCUGUGUUUUAAUCAUUUUCUAUUUUUUUAUACACACCUGUUGAAACUGAUUUUCCUAACUACUAGGCUUACAGUUUAAAGUUCUAUUAA